AACAAAAUUGGUAGAAGAAGAGUGAGGCGAGACUAUCUUGGGUAGAAAUCAGGGGGGUCCGAAGAGAUUUAAGAAAAUGCCUGUAAAAACCCGUACUUUUAGGAUUAUUGGGCCGAAGAUAUGACUGUUGCGGAGCAAUCUGCUUACACCUAGCAUGGACAUAAGAAAAAUACUACCACCAUUGUGACGUUUUUGGUAGACUAGAACAGAGGAAGUAACAUUUAGGAGAGCGUGAUAAAACCACACAAUUUUCUCCUGUGGUACAUGAAUAUACUGACAGCUUCGAAGAGUGGGUCCCGCGCGUCAUUCACGGCUCAAACUAAUUCUUCAGCACGUUGCAAGUCAAAGCCGUGACCACCUUGGCCUCUCUUCUUCUUCUUUAACGGUGACCACGCCGGAGAUUUUCCGCGACAACCAUGGCGACGCGCCACCGCACGUUCUACCGCCUCGCCGCCACAAUCCUCAUUGCGUUCCUCCUCACACCACUGGCCGCGGCGCAGCCGCCGUGGCAGAUCUGCGGCAAGAGCGGCAACUAUGCGGCGAACGACACCUACCAAUCCAACAUCCGGCAGCUCUCCGCCACCCUCCCCAAGAACGCCUCCGCCUCCCGGACGCUUUUCGCCACCGGCAGCGUCGGCUCCCUACCGGACAUCGCCUACGCCCUCGCGCUCUGCCGCGGCGACGGCAACGCCUCCGCCUGCGAGGCCUGCGUCACCACCGCCUUCCAGGACGCGCAGCAGCUCUGCGCCUUCAACAAGGACGCCACCGUCAUCUACGACCCCUGCUACCUCCGCUUCUCCAACCAGAACUUCCUCGCCACCACCAGCAACGACAACCUCAUCGGCCUCAAGAACUCGCAGAGCGUGAGCUCGCCGGUGGACGUGUUCGACGCCGCCGUCCAGACACUCCUCAACGCCACCGGGGACUACGCGGCGGCAAACUCGUCCAGGCGGUUCGCCACGGGGGAGGAGGGCUUCGACACCAGUAACCCCACCAUCUACGGGCUCGUGCAGUGCACGCCCGACAUGUCACCGGCCGACUGCCGGAGCUGCCUCGGAGACAUAAUUACGCGGAUGCCGCAGCGUCUCAGCGGGAGCAUAGGCGGGAGGUUGAUUGGGGUGCGGUGCAAUUUCAGGUACGAGGUGGUCCCUUUCUUCUCCGGGAGCCCGACGCUGCGAUUGCCGGCACCUCCAGCGCCGCCGGCUCCUCCUCCUGCGCCUGUUAACGUGACGCCGACGGCGACCCCAGGAGGAAAAUCGGCAAAUAAUGUUCUGGCUAUUGUGCUGCCUAUCGUUGCCGCAAUUCUUGCUAUCACUACCGUUUGUCUCUGUUAUUUGAGGAGGAGGAGGAGGAGAAUACCAGCGAGGAGUAAGCUACCACAUGAUUCGACUAAUCAUGAAGACAUAGAUAGCAUUGAUUCACUUAUCAUUGAUCUAUCAACCUUACGUGGUGCGACGGGUAACUUUGCUGAGGCAAAUAAGCUUGGUGAAGGAGGAUUUGGUGCAGUUUAUAAGGGAGAACUUCCUGAUGGUCAAGAAAUAGCUGUGAAGAGGCUCUCCAGGAAUUCAGGGCAAGGAAUAGGGGAGCUCAAGAAUGAGCUUGUUUUGGUCGCCAAGCUUCAGCAUAAGAAUCUUGUCAGGCUUGUUGGCGUAUGCUUGCAAGAGCAUGAGAAACUGCUUGUGUACGAAUACAUGCCCAAUAGAAGCAUUGACACCAUUCUUUUUGAUCCGGAGAGAAGAAAGGAGCUAGACUGGGGAAAGAGAUUAAAGAUAAUAAAUGGGAUUGCUAGAGGAUUGCAGUAUCUUCAUGAAGAUUCACAGCUGAGAAUAAUCCACCGGGACCUUAAAGCUAGCAAUGUUCUGUUAGACUCUGAUUACACUCCGAAGAUUUCAGACUUCGGCUUGGCAAGGCUAUUUGGAGCAGAUCAAUCACGGGAGGUCACAAACCGUGUUGUUGGAACAUACGGAUACAUGGCCCCGGAGUAUGCAAUGCGCGGUCACUAUUCUAUAAAAUCGGACGUCUUCAGCUUUGGCAUUUUGAUGUUAGAAUUUGUGACCGGACGACGAAGCAGUGGCUCCUUUAACUUCGACGAGUCUGUAGACCUCUUAAGUCUAAUAUGGGAGCAUUGGAGCACGGGGACAAUGUCAGAGAUCAUAGACUCAUCUCUGAGAAGUCAUGCACCAGGUGACCAGAUGGUGAAGAUUAUUCACAUCGGGCUGCUCUGCGUUCAAGAUAACCCAGCUGAUAGGCCCAUGAUGUCGACAGUAAAUGUCAUGCUUAGCAGUAACACUGUGUCUCUCCAGUCUCCAUCCAAGCCAUCAUUUUUCAUCGCCAAGAGCGGCACAUACUCAACUCCAUACUCGGGGUCGUCAUACCCUACGGCUUCUCAGUCGACCGCUAAGUCAGCUAUGGCGUCACCAAAUGAAGUUUCAAUCACAGAGCUUGAACCAAGAUGAGGGAAGGAUUGCAAAGGAUAGUCGGUUUGUUAUCAUCAUCUUAUGAAGGCCCUAGUACAUUUCUGCUGCUGCAUUUUUGGAGUGAAUUGCAAAAAACAUCGACACUUCAGGCUAGGUUUGCAGGUACCACACAUAUACGAAAUUGUGCCAAAAAGCACUAAUUUUUUUCAUAAUUUUUUGCAAAAAACACUAGUUGCUUGUUUGGACCGUUUUAAGUGC